AUGGGGGGCGAGAUCAAGACCAACGUCUCUGACGACUUCAAGAUGCUGGAAAUGGAGAUGAAUCUCAGACAAGAAGGCAUGGAACGCCUUCACAAGGCGAUGGGAGCCUAUGUCAGGGCAAUCUCGAAACGCAACGAAGGCGAAGACAAGGAGAAGCUGUUCCCAAUUGGAAACUUGGGAAGCGUCAUGGUCGGUCAUGGCGAGGAUUUCGCCAGUAACUCUGAAUAUGGCCAGUGUCUUACCGCUUUUGGAAGGACAAACGAACGCAUCUCCAGAAUACAGGAACAGUACGUCGUGGCUGCAACCUCUAGCUGGCUAGAGUCGUUGGAGCGGUCCCUUAACCAGUUAAAGGAGUACCAGGCUGCCCGUAAGAAGCUAGAAACCCGUCGUCUGGCAUACGACACUUCACAGGCGAAGAUGCAAAAGGCAAAACGUGAAGAUUUCAGAGUGGAGGAGGAGCUUCGAUCGCAGAAACUGAAAUAUGAAGAAGCGAAUGAGGAAGUCCUCCGCCGCAUGAUGGACAUCAAGGAUUCCGAACCGGAGAGCACAGCUGACAUGAGUGCCUUCCUGGAUGCCCAGUUGAACUACCACGAUAAGUGCAGAGAAGUUCUGCUGCAGCUCAAGGAUGACUGGCCUGCUGGCAGUUCAACUCGUAUGGCCGCCGUGCAACGCUCACCCGCUCCAAUACCUCCUUCAACGAGCGUACCACGGAAGAUGACAUCCACCGAACCACUUCACACCAGGGUGACCCAUCUCGCUCCCGCGAGACCUCCCGACCAGCACUAG